AUGGGGGUGGGGGUUUGGGGGAUAUGGUGGGGUUGGGGUGGAGUUUUAGGUGGUGGGAAAAGGGAAAAAAGAGAGGUAGAGGUGGUUGGUGUAUUUUUGGGGGGGUGGUGGGUGGGGGGGGGUGUGGGUAAGUUGUGGGGGGAUUGGGUGUUGUUGGGGUUUGGAGAGUUAUUUUGGGGUUGGGUGUGGGGGGGGGGUAGGUUUUGUGGGUUUGUGGGUUUGGUUUGUUUGUUGGAGGGGGGUGGGAAAAAUUGUGGUGUUUUGAGGAGUAUGAGGUAUGUGUUGGAUGGGGAGGAGGUGGGUGGGGGGUUUUGGUAUGUUGAAUUGGGUGGUUUGGUUGUUGAGGAUUUUUGGUUGGGGUUGUUUUUUGGUAUUUUGGUGUGGUGUGUGGUGUUUGGAUUGUUUGUGUGGUUUGUUGGUUUGGGGGUUGUUUGUGGGGGUUGUUAG